AUGUAUUGUCAUCACAGAAGUAAAAUGCAUUCACUUUUAUCAGAAAAUGAUAUAGAUGAUCAUAUAUCUCAGUCAGCUUCAGAAAUAGAUAAAGAUAUUGAGGAAAUGUUAAGACGAAGAUCAAAUUGGCGAUUAGUUCAAAUAGAAAAAUUAUAUAUUGAAGCUUAUACAUUACAACGAGCUACUAGUGGAUCAUAUAUCUCGACUCCAAAAAAGCUUGCCAAUACUAAAUGCACUAUUAAUCCAGAUAACUCUCAAACAGGUGAUGAUAUGUGUUUAAAAUAUGCUUUAGGUGCAUACUUUGCAAGCAAUAGAGGUGAAAAUAAAAAUUUACAACGUCUUUCUGUUCUUCAACCAUAUCUGGAUAUAGUCAAUUUAGAUGGAAUUCCUAUGCCUACUCCAAUUUGCUCACGUAUUUUUAAUAAAAUUGAGGAGAUGAACCCAGAUAUCUCUAUUAAUAUCUGGGAAUGGAAAGAAGAAAAAGCUACUUUCAAACCAGUAAUAGCUAGCAAGAACUAUAAUAGACAACAUAUUAUUGACCUUAUGGCUCUUACAGAUAUUACUAAAUCUAAAGAUGAUAAGUAUAGACAAAGAAACCACUUUCUUUGGAUUAAAAAUUUAGAUGGGCUAGUUUUCAAAGAUACUGCUCAUCAUG